AUGAAGAGGACUACCACGUCAAAGGACAAUGUCAAUGUCCAGGCCACUGGCGCGCAAGACAUUGCCAACAGCGCGGGCCUCACAGAGAGACAGAGACAGGAGCUGGCCGACUUGAAGAAGGUCCAUCCAGCCAACGAGUUUGGCGGCGCGUGCGGCACGCCGUUCAUGAUCUUCCUGCUGCCCGUGCUGGUCUACUGGCUGUGGGUGUCGAUCGAGUUCAACCAGGGCUACCUGUUGCUGCCCACCGAGCUGUCGGUGAACGGCGUCGCGCAGGUAAUCACCACGCUCUACGACUCGGUCACCACCUACGCCCGCCCCACCUGGCGCGCCGCCUCCAUCUACUUUUCCUGGUUCCUAUUCCAGGUCGUGCUGCAGGUGGUCGUGCCCGGUCGCGUCGCCCUGGGCACUCCGCUGCCCGGCGGCAAGCGCCUGCCCUACACGCUGAACGGCUGGCGCUGUUUCUGGAUCACCAUGGCCACAGUCUUUGGCGCUGUCGCCGGCGGCUACGUCGACGCCACGCUGCUCUACGACAACUUUGGCAGCAUCCUGUCAGUCAUCAACAUUUGGGCGCUGGUGUUCACGUGCCUGCUCAAGAUUCACGCCGUGCUCAAGGACGAGGAGGAGCGCAUGUCGGGCCACUUCUUCUACGACUUCUGGAUGGGUUUUGCGCGCAACCCACGCAUCGGUUCGUUCGACCUCAAGCUGUUCUGCGAGUCGCGUCCCGGCCUCGCGCUGUGGGCUCUCAACAACCUGUCGAUCGCCGCCAAGCAGUACGAGCAGUUUGGCUUCAUCCCCCUGUCCACCGCCAUGGUGUGCUGCUUCCACUUCUGGUACGUGGCCGACUUCCACUACAACGAGGAGGCCAUCCUCACGACCAUGGACAUCGUCUCGGAGAAGUUUGGCUACAUGCUGGUGUACGGCGACCUCGCCUGGGUGCCCUUCACCUACUGUCUCCAGUGCUACUACAUCCUCAAGCACGUCGACAGCAAUGGCGCGCCCAUCUCGAUCUCACUGGGCUUUGCCGCGCUCGUUCUCGCAAUCAAGAUGUUUGGCUGGUGGCUGUUCCGCUGGGCCAACAGCCAGAAGCACGAGUUCCGUCGCCAUCCCGAGGCGCCCAUCUGGGGCAAGCGUGCCGAGUACAUCUCGACCAAGCGUGGCACCAAGCUGCUCACCAGCGGCUUCUGGGGCAUUGCGCGCCAUCUCAACUACACGGGCGACAUCAUCUGUGCCUGGGCCUGGUGUCUGCCCUGUCUGUUCGACUCGCCCGCGCCCUACUUCUACGGCGCCUACUUCACCAUUCUCGAGCUGCACCGAUGCCAUCGCGAUCACCUGGCCUGCGUCGAGAAGUAUGGCGAUGACUGGAAGGAAUACUGUCGUCGUGUUCCCUACGUCUUCAUCCCCUACCUAUUCUAA